CCCGAUAAAACUAUGAGACCGAUAUUUUGAGAUAAGUCAGCAAAUACGUAAAAAAUCAAUGAUGCAUACUUCUUAUCGACUAUGGACCACUAGGAGUUGGAUUCUUUAAUAUAAUUGGUUGUUUCUCUUGUACUAGCUAACAUAUGUAGUGCAUAUAUAUAGAUAGAUAAGCCUAAGCAAGUUGAUUAAGUACUAGGAUAGGGGAAGUGAAGAAAGAAAAGGAUGGUGAGGCGGCUGUUGCUUGUUUGCACGAUUGUAUUCUUAUGGCUGAUCAUUCAUGAUUCAUUAGCAUCGGCAGUACCAGCAGCGACCAUAGGAAAACAUGGUUGUCAAACGGAAUGUGGAAACGUAAACAUCUCUUUCCCUUUUGGCAUUGGAUCCCCACAUUGUUAUGCUGACGAUUGGUUCGAAGUAGUGUGCAAAAAUUCUAGUAGACCUUUCCUAAAACGCACCAAUCUCGAAGUCCUCAAUACGUCUUAUAUUGACGGCUACUUGGAGACAGAUCAGACUAUUCAGGUGAGAAGCCCAAUAACUUUUUGGAAUUGCAAAGGCAAGGGAACCCAAGGGCCUCUUAACUUGACAGGAAGCCCCUUUGUCUUGUCCAACGACCAAAACAUAGUUGCUGCCAUCAGUUACGAUGUGCUAGCGUUGAUGUCUUCAUCAAUCUUGGAUGGGACUGAAAUUUCAGCAGGCUGCAAGUCCAAGUGUUCAAACAAGUACCAUAACAGAAGCUGCAACGGAGUGAAUUGCUGCCAAACCACCAUUCCAUCUCAUGAUAUGCAGACCUAUACUAUCACUUUUCAAAAUACGGACUCCGUAUGCAAAUACGCGUUCGUGGUAGACGAAAAUUGGUUUAUGUCAUCCAAUUCUACAGAUUUUGUUGAAAUUAAAGAUAUGCACUUCGUUCCGGUGACUCUGUAUUGGACAUUAUACCAUUCGCCACAAGAAAUUUUUGGAAAUGAAUUCAUGCCAGAAAACUCAGGAAGCAAAUAUUAUUGCCAGAAUGGCGCCGUUUCAGGAAAUCAGACGUCUUUUAGAUGUUUCUGUAAAGACGGCUAUAGUGGAAUUGCCUAUCUUUCUCCUGAUGGAUGUCAAGAUGUCAACGAAUGUGAAAUGUCUCCCACCAUAUGUGAUGGAGUCGGAACUUGUGUGAACACAGUUGGAUCGUACAAGUGCCGAAAGCCCAAGGUUCUAGUUGUCGUUAUAGGUUUCGGUAGUGGUCUUGGAGCAUUGUUUCUUCUAAUUGGCACAUGGCGUUCAUACAAAUUCAUCAAAAAAAGAAAAGCCAUUAGACGUAGAAAAAGGUUCUUCAAACGAAAUGGCGGUUUAGUGUUGCAACAACAAUUAUCUUCAGGGGAAAUUUAGCUUCUUUUAUUGGCUAGCAGAUUUGAUGUUCAAGGAGAGAUUAAUAAGCAAAAAAGACCCCAUCAGAAAAAUAAGACGAGAAAUUAAUUAGAUAAAUAAGACAGUAUUUAUUAAUAAAUAUCUCUCGCAAAGUGAGUGGUGAUGGCAAAGAGUUGAGUAAGCAAUGUAUAUGCAUCGAUGCAUAGUCAAUCUUGAUGUGCUUUUUAUUGUACAAAUAAAUAAGAAAAUUUAUACAGUAAAACUAGUAUUUUCUCAAAAAUAAAAUUCUCCACCUCCAAUGUCAAUAUAUAUUAAAGUUUGAAUCUUUAAAGACCACAGGAAAAGAUAUUAGGGUAGAAGUAAAGUUUUCUUAU